AUGACAACAGUAGCACCUGUACCGAUGCCGGCACCAGGGUCCAGGCGCGCGCCCAAGUUUCGAGGUAAGGGGCUGGAGGCAUUCUUAGUUGACUUUGAAAAAUUAGCGAAACGGGCCGGGCUCAAAGAUGGAGACUUGCCGACGGAGGUUUUGUCGUAUUGUUCUACGUCGGUCCGAGAACUACUUCGACGGAAUGCAAAAUUCAAAGGUAAGGACUGGGAGGACGCUAAGAAGGCUAUGCGUCUGUUUUACAGGGAUAAGAGCGAAGAGCAGGUGACAGUGGUAGGGUUGCGAGACUUUGCUGAACGAAUGCGUAGGAAGAAUAAGGUAAACACGAGCCGAGCCUUGGACGAAUAUGCGAUAGCAUUUGGUAAGCGGAUGGGGGACCUAGUUGCGCAAGGCCAGAUGCCCGACAAAGAACGGGAUGUUUUAUUCUUUAGGGGCCUGGGAAAGAACAUUCGCAUGGCUAUUCGCCCGGAACUAAGGCAGCUUAAAGGUAAGAAACCCCUUGUUCUGGAUCCUCCAACCAUGGAGGAGGUGUUGAAGGAAGCGCAAGACCACUUCAACGUUCUGGAUAUCGACUAUGACCCGGAGUCAGAAGAUGAUGAGACGGGGAGCGAUUCGGAAGAUAGUGAAGGUGACAAAGGGAAGGACAAGAAAAGGGGUGGGAAGGUAGUGCGAGUGAAGACUGUGAAGUCAAGGGCGCCUACGCCAGAUUCGGGUGCGCUCGCACUAGAAAGUGUGGCCCGGUUGUCAGAACAGGUGCGCCAGCUGACCUUGACAAUGGGACAAGCGCAAGGUGCGUCGAGUAUGAGAUGCCCGCAAACGUUGGAUUUAAUGCGCGAGGGUUUGAUCAGGUUCUCACAGGAAACGGGGCGACUC